AUGGCCACAGCCGAUGGGUUCGGGUCUCAGAGGGUCCACAAGGACGCCGAUCGGGCCGACCUUUACGGUGGACCUAACGUCGUCAUCCCUCCUAGUCAUUUAAUGGCCUCGUCUCACGAUCGGAACUUGUCUUCUUCAAAAAUGUCAAACCAGCACAUCGAAGAAGAAGUUGUCUCCUCCGAGGAAGAGUCUCCCCAGGUUGACACCCCCUCUUCUACCCCGCCAGUUGUCACCAGCGACGACUUUGCCCUCGCCUUCGAUAUCGAUGGCGUCUUCGUCAAGGGCGGGGAGCCCAUUCCAGAGGCUGUGGAGGCCAUGAAGUAUAUCAAUGGCGAAAACCCAUACGGAAUUAAAGUACCCUACAUCUUCCUUACCAACGGUGGCGGCAAGACCGAAGAGGAACGAUGUCGCGAUCUCAGUCGUCAACUCGAAUACGAAGUUGACCCCGGCCAGUUCAUCUGUGGACACACUCCCAUGCGAGAAAUGGCCGAGCACUACGGCACCGUCCUGGUCGUCGGUGGUGAAGGCGAGAAGUGUCGCAUUGUGGCCGAGGGAUAUGGAUUCAAGGAUGUCAUCACCCCCGGAGACAUCAUCAAGACACAACACGAUGCGACCCCCUUCCGCAAAUUAACCGACGAGGAAUACAAGAAUUCCCGAGAGCUCGACUUGGAGAAAGUUCGAAUUGAAGCCGUCUUCGUCUUCGCCGAUAGCCGCGACUGGGCUGGUGACCAGCAAAUUAUUCUGGAUGUCCUAAUGACCCAACAUGGACAACUCAACACACGGUCCGAGACCUUCGACGAGGGCCCACCUGUUUACUUCUCCCACAACGACGUGUUGUGGUCCACCUCACACGAGCACUCGCGUAUUGGCAUGGGUGCCCUGCGAGCCUCGCUCGAGGCUCUAUACAAGGCUGUCACCGGCGGAAAGGAACUCAAAACGGUCGCAUUUGGCAAGCCGCAGAUGGGCACCUUCGCAUUCGCAACGCGACUCCUCCAGGAAUGGCGGAGUGAGACCUGUGGCAUUGACAAGCCUCCCGCCACGGUCUAUUUCUUCGGUGAUACUCCCGAGUCCGACAUUCGCGGUACCAAUGAGUUCAACAGGUCCUCCGAGAUCGAGUGGUACUCCGUCCUCGUGGCGACUGGUGUCUGGCAAGAGGGGACCAUCCCCCGUUUCCCGCCCAGGAAGAUCUGCAAGAACAUCUUCGAGGGAGUCAAAUUCGCCAUUGAUCGUGAGGCCCAGAAGCUGCGUGGUCGCGGUGCCUCUUUCAGCAUGUUCACGGAUGAUAUCAAGUCGAUCCAGCUGAACAAGUAA